AUGUCGGACGGAGCGACGACGGCUGCUGGCAGCAAAGUCACGUUCAAGAUCACGCUGACGAGCGACCCGAAACUUCCGUUCAAAGUGUAAGCAUCAGAAUUCUUCAGUUUUUAUCGUGGUUUUGCUCAUUUCGUCAUUGCAGACUUUCGGUCCCAGAGGGCACGCCAUUCACCGCUGUCCUCAAGUUCGCCGCCGAAGAGUUCAAGGUUCCAGCGGCCACUUCUGCCAUCAUCACGAACGACGGAGUCGGGGUCAACCCAGCCCAAUCUGCCGGAAAUAUCUUCCUGAAGCACGGCAGCGAGCUCCGUCUGAUUCCGCGUGACCGCGUAGGCUCCGUCUCCUGCUAA